AUGCUCUAAUUUGGAUUAGAUUAUUUUACUAAGAAAAGUCUUCCCUAAGAUUUUGCUGAAUAAGUUCUCAAACUAGAAAUGGAUAUAGAUCUGAAUGAGUAGACAUAACAUGAUUAAUUACAACAAUUAAUUUCACUUUAUAUGGUACUUCUAUUAACUUUUUUUUUAAGGUUGGUGUAGAGUAUUAUGAAUCAAUUAAAGACAAAAGGUAAUUUUUUUUUUAAAAGAAACUCAAUGCUCUCAUACAUUUUGCAUCUUAUAGAGAAAAUGAAGAAUUUCUAUUAUCAAAGGAAGCAAUAGAAAAUAAAAGAGCGAAAUUUGAAAAAGAAUCAAAAAGAAUUGAGCUUGAUUUAAUUUGCAGUCAAACAGAAUCUAAAGAGGUAAAAUUUUAUAUUUUUCAUUGAGGCUCAAGUCAAAGGAAUUGUAGAUAAUCAUACUUAUCAUGUUAAAUAAAUUUAAAAUAUGAUACAAAAUGAAAUGGCCUCUUAAACUGAUGCAUUCUAAACACGUCUUGAACGUAGAAGAAAGUCAAAAAUUUUACAUUCAUAAAGUUAGACCGAGAUCGAUUUAUAAUCAUAUAGUUCAACACUUUUAAUAAAAAAAACAGAAUAUAAAGAAUAAGGAUGUAUUGUACUAAUUCUGAUAGAAAAUUGUAGCUUAAACUAAAUAGAUUAUUUAAGAGGAAGAAGAAAUUAGUAGAAAAAAUUCAACUUUUUAAUAUGAGUAUGAAAAUUUAAAUUAUUAGUAAAAGUAAAAAAUAUUAUUAUUUUAAUUCUUUAGAUUGAUGAAUAGUAAGAGACAUUAAAGAAGUGGAUCAUUAAUUCCUAUUUAAUAAAUUGAAAUAAAAUAAAAAUUUUUAAGUUAGGGAUCCCUUGAAUAUUAAGAUGAAAAAGAUGAAUCAAUCCAUAAAUAGCUUAUCCAUGAAAAUAAUUGA